UGGAGCCGGCAGCCGCCGCAUGGGUCCGGUGCGGUCGCGCUGCUGUUGGCUGCGGCCCCGGGCCCGGCUGGGUCCGGGGCUGCUGCUCCUGGCACUGGCCGGGGCGGCCGGGGGAAACGGGAAGGCGCCAUCAGCAGCUGGAAACUGUGACUUGCUGCAGGAGAUGGCUGUCAUCCAGAAACAGGGUGAAAACUGUUUCUGCUAUGUGCAAAACAGAACCCUUCGCUUACAGUACAUUUGGUCAACGCUGCAGGUGAAAGUGAACAGCACAGAAACGUUCAGGUUUGAGCCCAUUUCAGAAAAAAGCAACUGUCGCCAUGCAGAAACUGUUCUUGAGUUUGCUGUGUGUGCUGUUAAGAUCUUCUGGAAACCAGAGACAUCUACAGAAACUUCCCUAAGCAUCCAACAAUAUGGAGAGGAUCUUUGUUUCAAGAUACAGCCAUUCAGAACCGAACCCUACACCCUCACUGUGGAACGAGAAAUGCUAGAUGGAAAGCUCUUGUUUUUGUUUGUAGCUGGAAUUUUUCUGUUCCAUUUUGCAAACAGCCUGAGCAGGAGUACCAAGUUCUUUUACCUUUCUGGAGUAAUACUGGGCGUUCUUGCUCUGCUAGUCUUUGUCCUGUUGGCACUUAGAAGGUUUAUUCCAAGGCACAGUACCUUCUGGAUCUUAAUGAGUGGCUGCUGGAUGUUCUCCCUCUACUUAAUUUACUGCUUCAAAGAGAAUAUGCAGUGGUUGUGGUCUGAACACAGAAACUACUUACUGGGGUAUUUUCUGGCUGUUGGAAUUGCCAGCUUUGCUGUUUGCUAUCAGCAUGGGCCACUGACCACUGACCUGAGCAUAACUUUGUUCACAUGGACGCUCCAGCUGACAGCCUUUCUCCUGAUCUACUGUGGCGUCACCGUCCCUCACGUCGCGUAUGCAGUGAUAGCAGUCAGCCUGGGUUCCAAAGGCCUGGGCUACCCCCUUGGUGCUGCCUCUCACAUUGGCAGAAAAAUGAGAAAAUGCUUUAAACCUAAGAAGUUGGAGUUUAAACUCCUGACUGAGGAGGAGUUUCGGGAACAAGGCGAAACAGAAACCAUCAGAGCCCUGGAGGAGCUACGCUCUUUCUGCAGGAACCCUCACUUCCCAUCGUGGUUAGCUGUAUCCAAGCUGCAGUCCCCACACAGGUUUGCAGCUUUUGUCCUGGGAGCUCCCCACAUCUCACCUGCAGAAGCAAGGGCACAUGAUGAGGAAUACAGCAUUUGGAGCUGCUUCCUGGAGGAGCAGCUCUUUGAGCUGAGGGCAGAAUCCGAGCAGGACAACCCAGUCAAUUCCAUCCGCGAGAGAGAUGAGGAGGAGGAAGAUGAAAGGCCUAACCAAACUGCAUUCCCGUAUGCUGCUGAGUUGCUCUGAGCUUUGGGAAGUAGCCAAACAUAGGAGAGGGAAAAUGCAUUCAUCCUAGAAAGGAAGGAUGUGGGUAACUCCUGUGUGGUGAUUUCUUGUGGUUGCUACUGGACAAACAAGGACUGCUGAAAAAACUUCCCUGUGUCAGUGGUAUCUCCUGGUGAGAGCAACAGGAGACUAGAGGGGCUGCUUCAGUGAAGAGGAUUCUCCUGCUGUUCCUACUUUUACCGG